UGAUGUUAUGCAUCUAGCUAUGUUAUUUCAAUGUGAUGUUUAUACUCUUAAGUUUUAAAGAACUGCAAAUACCGAUUUUUGAUUAGAAAAUAGGCAUCUGCACAGAUGCCGUAUCUCUCUAGUCAUAUGACGUCUCUACUUCCUGCUUGGAGAACCAAUUUUGAGACAACGCUGUUUUCUCCUCUAAUAAGAAAUGUUUCCAGAUAUCAUUUAUGGUACUCAUUAAACAUGAAAAUCCCAAAAGGAUGGAUGAUGUAGCGCAGCUUGAAUCAAUCAACAGAUUAGCAGGGAACGGUUUUUAUUGACAUGUUGAAAUGUACAAAAAAAAAAAAUCAUUUCCCAAGAUCCAAUGCAUGUCCGAAGGGGCGCGACGUCUCGAGGAUUUUUGACACAAGAAAAUAAGAUAGUCUGCUUCCGCGCGCGAUUUAUAAUGUUUUGCUCACUUUGCGAAAUCUCUUGAGUGUAGCUAACAUUUCACAGUUAUAAUGACUUGAAUGUCAAUGCAUUUAACCUAGCUGGUCCUAUUUUCUCGGAAGAUAAGACUGGGCCAUGCGCAGCUGGAGGUGGCAGUUCUCCAGGAUGAUGAGCCUUUGUCUGUGCUGGUGCCGGCUGUGUCCUAAGCGAGGGGUGCGCCCCAGCAAGCCCCGGAGGAAGCUAGGAGAGCUGUGGAGCUACUGGAAGCUGCUGCUCAACUCCCUCUACUUCAACAGCCUCACCAACUUUGACACCUACCUGGAUUGUGUCUUUGAACCAAUCUACUGGAUUGUGGACAAUGUGACUCGCUGGUUUGGGGUGGUAUUUGUGUGCCUGGUGAUUGCCCUCACCAGCUCUGUGGUGGUCGUUGUCUACCUGUGCCUGUUGCCUGUUAUCCUCAACACCUACCCACUGCUGUGGAUCAUCUGGCACCUCACCUAUGGCCACUGGGUCCUCAUGAUGGUCCUUUUCCACUACUACAAGGCCACCACCACCUCCCCUGGACACCCACCACAGGUUAAAAGUGAUACACCGUCAGUGACCAUCUGUAAGAAAUGCAUCGUCCCCAAACCAGCCAGGACUCACCACUGCAGCAUCUGCAAUACGUGUAUUCUGAAGAUGGAUCACCACUGUCCUUGGCUCAACAACUGUGUGGGCCACUUUAACCACCGCUACUUCUUCUCCUUCUGCCUGUACAUGACCAUGGGCUGCAUGUACUGCAGCGUCAGCUGCAAAGACAUGUUCAUAGAGGCUUACAACGCUGUCGAGAGCUACUAUCAGACCCCACCAGCACUGUUUUCCUUCAGGGAAAAGAUGGUCCACAAUGGUGUCAUUUUCAUUUGGGUGCUGACAAGUUCGGUGGCAGUUGCUCUGGGAGGUCUGACCCUGUGGCAUGCUAUCCUCAUCACUCGAGGAGAGACCAGUGUGGAGAGGCACAUAAACAAGAAAGAAAUCAGACGUUUAAAGGAGAAAGGAAAGGUGUUCCGAAAUCCAUACCACUAUGGGAAAAUAAACAAUUGGAAAGUUUUGUUUGGUGUGGAGGAGACAAGUCACUGGUUGACCAGAGUCCUCCUGCCGUCUAACCACGUUCCCCAUGAAGAUGGACUGAUAUGGGAAUGCCCUCGGGCUCUCACCAGAAGAGACCCUAUGACCAUCUAACCUCCCACUACUCGCUGCUGGACAGUUUCUCAUCUCCACUUUAUGGGCCAUGAUCACUGCUAUAGCCCUGGCCCCUGGAUGGUGGGGUAGACAGAAGACUUCUUUUAGCCUCUGAGGAGUGGACUAUUUGGUGUUUAUUGUGGCCCAUGAGUCCAGGGACCUUAAUCUGACCUCCAGUCACUGUCAUGUGAAGGGAACUGAUGGUCCUGUCUUUAAUAGUCUACUUGUCUUGUGGACUGACUGUUUUUGUACUGUUAGGUAUGUUGUCCAAAGUUGAUGUGAAGUGUGUGCUUUUUAAUUGUAUUGAAGUCACAGAAGAAGCAGUUUGGACUUUUUCAGUGCCAAAGAACAGCUUUCCACCAAAGGCUAGGUUCGAGCUAGAUAACCACAUGCCUUGGCCAUUGUCCAACUAUGGGUGAGUAGUCUGGAGACUGACAGAAUUACAUAAACAAUAUUACCAUUCAGGCUCCAGUUAGAUUAUGGUGCUCAUGUUACUGAGCAGUGCCCCUGUCAAUAUUAGGAAUUGUCAAAACAUUGCUAUGUGCCUUGUUAUGUUAAAUCUUUAACCUGUUUUCUAUUUGUUAAUUACCAGGCACUAAUGCAAAGUAGAGUUAUGUAUUUUCUACUAUUAUCCAACCUCUCCCACAUUGAUUUCCCCACUAAAAAGCGGCGUGUACACUACACGAUUUUGGUCCCGAUAGCUGUCCCGGUCACGUUUUUGAGAUCGGUAUUUUCAAACAUGGAUAUUACUAUAUCGGCACAAAACCAGCAAUGAUCGUGUAGUGUGAGAUGUGCAACAAGUUUUGAGAAUGGUGAUAAUAGCCAAUGAGAGCUCGCCAGUGAGAUGACGUUUCGCAUCACACAAUGUGUUGGUGCUCGAUCCGUGAAUACUAUUAGUACGCGUUUGUACUUCCCUUUAACCAACGCGUCAAGUCGUUACAGCUCUGAAGUUGACAAGCAAUGUUAUUAAAUUCAAAAUGUUGGCUAGAUAUUUCAACUCUGUAUGGCAAGCGUGAAAGUCUUAAAUAGAGCCGCACACUCUAGGAGCUCAGAUGCAAAACUAUUUAUGUCCAACGUUUCGACAAGCUGUUUUCAUCAGGGUAUAAUGACAAACAAUGCGAGGUGACUCAUCAUAGUGUCAAAAGACAGGUCUAUAAUCAUGGACAAAUACAAUUUGGCUACAGCGUGAAAGUCUGACUGAAAACGUUUGAGGCUGUUAAGACAGCUCGUUGUAGCUACAUUCAAUCUAAUAACAUUAUUUUUGCGAGAUAGCGUGGUAUCUAGAAUCCUCAAACAAGUGAAUUAUCUUGUAGUGUUUGACCCCCGUCUGUGCCACAUCGUUUAGUGCGCACCACUACGUUGGCAAGACAACUACAGGAAAGCGGUUAUUUAACCUCUACGGAAUUGGUGUCCUCCCCCCGGGGGAUGGUUGCGCUAACGUGAUGAGCAGAAAGCUUACAUUCUUGUUAAUCUAACUGCAAUGUCCAAUUGACAGUAGCUACUAGUGAAAGAAUCCCAUGCUAUUGUUGAGGAGAGUGCACAGCUAGGUACUUAAAUGUAUCAAACCAAUUAAGCACAUUGGAUCAGUCUAAAACUUUGCAGACUGCCAUCUAGUGGCAAAUCUAAAUUGCACCUAAACUGGAAUAAUACAUUGGUCCUUCUCUUGCAUUUCAAAGAAUACAAAAAAGUUCAAAAAAAUAUUUGACCAGAUCUGUGUUAUUCUCCUACAUUAUUUUCAAAGGAAUUAAUAAUAUGCAUAUCCUUGCUUCAGGUCCUGAGCUACAGGCAGUUUAGAUUUGGGUAUGUCAUUUUAGGUGAAAAUUGAAUUAGAAAAAAAUGGGUCAGAUCCUUGAGGUUUUUAAUUUGAGAGGCUCAGCGACGUUAAUUCUGAAAGUUGUGUAGUGUACACCCGGCUUAACCAACAUUAAGAUCACUUAACAUGGUCAUGCGCUCUGGAAGCUGCGGACUUCCUCCUUGCUUGUCUCGAAUAUGGCCACCAGUUAGAAUUCCUAGAAUGACCGGGAUAUGUGGCCAGCCUGUAAAUGGGAGGGACUGUGUGGUUGGCUGCUGUGACAUGACCAAUAGAAACUGUUUCACUAUAUUGCGCACAUCUAUCAUUACGAUUGAUAUUAGCUUGUAUUGUUUUAAUAUUUGAUAAAGGAUUGUUUUUGGAAACUUCA